GCAAUAGAAAGAACGCGCGCUGUCGGGUACAGUUGUUCUCUUGCUGGUUGCUCGUUGCAACUGUGGCGAGCGCGCGAGACCGUGUCUCAUCGGCAGAAAAUAGUCGCAAUUAAAGUCGCGGAUAUCGGGACGAAUCGGCGGGCAUCCUUCGUAUCCCUCCUCUUCCUUUUUUUCUUUGACAAAAAAAUUCCGAUCUUUCCCUAUACGAAAAUUCGCCGAUCGCUGAAUCUGCAGAUCCGCGAAUCAAUUAUUGCUCCGCCGACGAAUCGAACGGAAAUCGAUUGGCGCGAGUCGCAUCGAUCGUUCGUUCUCCAAAAUGGACGCCUUCGGUCUUUCGGUCCGACUUGAUUCGGAAAGAUCGUCCGAGCAGAACAAUCUGCGAAGUGUUCGACGUUAGACGAAUGAGAAUAGGAAAAAAAGAAAAUCUGCGAUAUCGUCGGGCGAACCGUCGAGAGGAGAAGACGAUGGGUGGCCCGCAGGCGUUUGUGCGCAGAAGAAUUUCCACCUGACGGCCUGUUCCAUAUCGCGUAUCGGCAGGUUUUCCAUAAUCGUUGUAGGUGCAUAUAUUUAUGAUUUCAAGGUAACGAUAGCAGUUGCACUAUCGUUGCCCGCGAUUAGCAUACGGCAUAAUUUACUGGUCACGAUAAAACGGCCGUGGAGGAGGCGCGCGCCCGCCAAGAAUCGGUCGGCUGUGUCGCCGCGGAUUUACAUGAAAAACAAUGUUAAUACGAAUUAAUUCAUGGGGGACUGCGGUCCGGGUGGAACCGGUGCCAAGCGAGAGGAACCGCGUGACCGAUCAAGGAGGUUGAUUCAGAAGCACAAACCUACUGCAACAAAAUAGACAUAAUAACGAUGCCAUAAUAAUGAUGCUGAACGAGCCGGGGAUUCCAACAUCGAGAUCAACGAGCUUGCAUCACGAGAUAAUAAUAACAAUAAAUCGUCGGAUGAUCGGGAACGUUGCGCAGAAUCGCGCCCGUUCGGGCAGGUUCGCGAAAUAUAAGAGUCCACAGUCUUUCUGGCAGACGACAAUGGCAGAUGAAGAAUUGUGCGUCGAUAAGAACGGCGAACAAUGGAACGGCUGGGGUUCCCGAGACGAACCAGCUUGGGAUUACGGGAUUGACGCACCGGAUCGUAAAAACUCGUGACUCGGACUUUCCUCGAUCCUCCGGAUCAACUUUUCCUGAUUGCUUUUCCCUUCUGACGAAGGAUGAGCAAAGCGAACGGCACGGGAGCUGUAAAUGAACACAAUGGGCACGAGGUAUACACAAAUCAUGGUUUCAACGGAUUCGGAGACAGUUUGAAUCACAGCAACUCGAGCAAUUCCCAAAUUCUCUCCUACGAGAGUCACCAAGGCAUACAAGGUUCCUCGGAUUUUAUAUUGGUGGAAGAUCCGGGGGAUUACGCGAUCGAAAAGAAGCACAGCCUCCUAAGUUCGGUGGCGCAAUCCACCAGGCGACGUUUGAGGUCCGCCUGCACGAAGAAAACCAUUUACAAAAGGCUGCCGAUUUUAAAUUGGUUACCGAGGUACAGCAGUCAAGAUUUUGUCGGUGAUCUUGUCGCUGGCAUCACCGUCGGACUCACUGUGAUCCCACAAUCGUUAGCUUAUGCUAACGUGGCGAACGUACCCCCGCAGCAUGGAUUGUACGGUAGCUUUUUAGGCUGUUUUAUUUAUAUUAUUUUUGGAUCCUGUAAAGACACACCCUUUGGACCAACUGCAAUCAUAUCCUUGCUUACUUACCAGACCGUCUCUCAUCUCGAUGCACCGUUACAACAUGCAAUAUUGGCGUGUUUCUUAGCUGGAGUGAUAGAAUUAAUAAUGGGCAUAUUUGGCCUUGGAUUUUUAAUUGAUUUUGUAUCUGGACCAGUCAGCUCAGGUUUUACAUCUGCGGUAGCUCUGAUAAUCGUCACGUCGCAAAUGAAAGACAUCCUCGGCAUUCCCGCCAAGGGAUCGCAGUUCGUGGAAAUGUGGAAAAGUAUGGCUGGACAGCUGCAUAAAACGUCAGCUUGGGAUGCUGCGCUUGGAGCAAGUUGCAUAGCACUUCUGCUACUUCUUAGACUGUUAGUGGCGUACAAAAUCGGACCCAAGGAGGAGGAACAACAAACUCCGAAAUAUCGCAUUAUAAACAAAAUCAUUUGGUUAAUCGGCACAUCGCGGAACGCGUUUCUGGUGAUAAUUUGUGGCGUUUUGGGAUACAGUUUUAGCGAUCGAUCUCCCUUCAGAUUGAUUGGAUACAUACCGGGGGGUAUGCCAAACAUACAAUUACCACCAUUCUCGUAUAUUAAAAGCGAUAAUACAACGGUGACUUUCGUCGACAUGGUUUCAAAUUUGGGAAGUGGUAUCCUGGUUUUACCGCUCAUUUCAUUAAUGGAGGACAUUGCUAUUUGUAAAGCAUUUUCAACUGGAAAAUCAGUUGAUGCAACACAAGAGCUGAUAGCCAUUGGAAUAGCAAAUAUUGGUAAUUCGUUCGUUCAAGCUUUUCCUGGGUCAGGAUCUCUUAGCAGAAGUGCUGUGAACAAUGCUUCCGGAGUUAGAACUCCAAUGGGUGGUCUGUACACAGGUACUCUAGUGAUAUUGGCUCUCCUAUUUCUCACACCAUACUUCAGCUACAUACCGAAAGCCACGUUAGCUGCCAUUAUCAUAGCUGCUGUAAUAUUUAUGGUGGAAGUUAAAGUUGUAAAGCCAAUGUGGAGGACAAAAAAGUCGGAUUUAAUCCCGGGGGUAGCAACUUUCGUUGCGUGCUUAUUAUUGCAAUUGGAAAUUGGGAUUCUAUGCGGUAUCGGAAUAAAUAUUAUGUUCAUUCUAUACCAUGCAGCUCGUCCAAAAAUAUCAGUGGAGAAGCUUACAACCCGACAUGGCAUUCAGUAUCUCAUGUUAACACCCGACCGGUGCUUAAUUUUCCCGUCGGUAGACUACGUACGGAAUUUAGUAACAAAAUAUAGUCAACGUAGUGGAAACGUUUCUACGGCAGUUGUAAUCGACUGCACGCAUAUUUAUGGAGCAGAUUUUACUGCAGCCACAGUAAUUGAAACAUUGACAAGAGAUUUUGCAUUAAGAGGUCAACCCCUCAUUUUUUACAAUUUGAAGCCUUCUGUAUACGCGGUAUUCGAGGGUGUUGCGUCGACUGACCUUGUUGUGUAUUAUAAUCAGGCGGCACUGGAUGGUCUCUUGAGGGAUAGAGGAUGCUUGAAGCAAGCUAAAUAGAAUACACUUUUUAUACAAGUUGAUAUGCUUGCUAUGAACUGAAUUUACCACAGUAUCGUGUGUUGGUUGUAAACCAUCACUUUAUUGAAAGUUGUUAAACAACGUCUUUCUUAAUUACCUUUGAUUCUAGAGGUAUCUAAAGACAGACUUCUAGAUUCUCAAUUUACAUGAUCAUUGAGUUUCAUAGAAGUAGGUCCAGCAUCAUUGUAUUUUAUAUUUAAAAAAAAAAACAUUACAAUCAAUGUAAUGGAUAUUCAUGUAAUGUGUACUUAGAAAUCACGUUAUCGAUAAAUUUUGAUAUACAUUGUCAUUAA